AUGUUUGUCCCUGUACCUUAUAGCCGCUCUGAAGGCUCUUCGAUGCCUCCUGCUGCUGCUGCUGCUGCUGCUGCGCUGCUGCACGGUGGGCUGCCGCUGCCGGGGGGCCCCCCAGGGGCCCCCGUACCCUUUGUCUUAGCCCCAGGGUUUGCUGCGGGGGCCCCGGGGGGCCCCCCUAUAAUUGAAAGAGAGCCUGUCGAUGUAUGCAAGCUUUUCGUCGGGGGGCUUAACCCUAAUACGACUGAAGCAGAGUUAGAAGACUACUUCAAGCAAUAUGGAGCGGUGCGGAGUGCGGUGGUGAUGUUCGACCGCAAAUUAAACAAAAGCCGCUGCUUCGGCUUCGUGACGUUCAACACUGAGAAAGAGACUCUCAGGGCUCGCAGUGGGGGGCCCCCAGCUGCUGCUUUGGGGGCCCCGGGGCCCCUUGGGGGCCCCCCUUCGGGUUUGGGGGCCCCUGGGCCCCUUGGGGGCCCCCUAGGGCCUCGAGUUGAUCCUGCUGCUGCUGCUGCAGCAGCAGCAGCAGCAGCAGCAGACACAGGAGGCCCUCUAGAUGAAACCGAUGAAAAAGAAUGUAAAGUCUUCAUCGGAGGUAUACCCCCCAAUAUGACUACAGAAGAAGUACAGAGUUACUUCUCGCGGCGGUUCGGCAUGGUGAAGCGCGUCGAUUUUUUCUUUGACAAGACGACGGGCCGCAUGCGGGGCUUCGGGUUUAUUGUCUUCGCCUUCUCGCACUCUGCUAAGAUGGCGGUCGGCCAUCAUCAACUCAGAGACGCCCUCGUUGAAGUCAAGAAAGCUGUCGAUAAGGAGGAGAUGCGCAACCAAAGAGAGGCAGAGGCGAACAGCAGCAGCAGCAACAGCAGCAGCAGCAGCGGCAGCAGCAGUAGCAGCAGCAACAGCAGCAGCAGCAACAGCAGUAGCAGCAGCAGCAGUAGCAGCAGCAGCGGAAGCAGCAGCAGCAGCAGCAGCAGCAGCAGACCUCCGGCGCGGCGGCCUCCACCUUCAAGCCAGGGCGUAGUAAUGCGAUCGCUGCGCAGCAGCUACGGUCCUGCAGAUAUGCUGCCUUUUGAGAUGCCUAUACACCCGGUUGGUGGGGCAGCAGCAGCAGCAGCAGCAGCAGCAGCAGCAGCAGGACCGCCUAGAGGGCCUCUACAGGACCCUUACUCCGUUUUUCCUGCUGCUGCUGUUGCACCAGGUGUUGCAGCAGCAACAGCAGCAGCAGCAGGCGCUCCAAAUGCUUACGGGGGGGCUUAUUAUCCUGUAGCAGAUCCUCAGCAGCAGCUAGCGUUUGCUGCUGCUCCUACUGGUGGUAUGUAUCUAGCCCCGGGCUACGGCUAUGUUGUCUCGGGUGCUGGGCCGGAUGUCUACGGUAUGCAGCCUGCUGCUGCUGCAGAAGCAGCAGCAGCAGCAGCAGCAGCAGAUCCCUAUGAUGUUCAAGGAGCUAUGCGUGCUAGAGCAGCCAAACUACCUCAACGGACGCAGCCCUAUUAA